AAAAUAAUGAAAUAAAGCGAUUUAGAAUUUUAAGAGGACUCUCCUCAAUUGAAACAAAAGCAGGAGUAAACGGAAAAUGAUGCAUCUACUUUGCAGACAAUAAUUGCUGGAAACUCUAGUAGCCCUGAUAAGGUUCUGAGAUAGAAGAUUUCUCAACUCUCAGAAGGCAAGUCUAGACCUAAAUUCAAUCGAAUCAGCUUUUAAAAAUGCGAAAAUUUUGAUGAAGAUGUGGUUGAUCCUAAAAAAAUUGUAAAGAGCUCAAAUAAAGGUUUGCGCUUGAGACAGAUAAUAAAUGGUUUGUUUUAAACAUCAAUUAUAAUCUUUAACUGUUUUUAUACCAAAAAUGGCGAAUAUAUCUAUGCCACCUUUGGCUUCGUUUUAGGAUGCUUAUCUUAGUGGCUGUUGAUGGACAUUCAUUUGGAUAAAUUCACAAUCCAGCAAAUUAAGAAGCUCUAAAAAUAAAGGGUCACUCAAUCUAAUUCUCCUAGGAAGAAAGAAAAUAAAAAAAUAAAUUCAAUAAAAGUAAUAAAUCGAAAAGCUUCAAAGAACUCAUCUUUGAAUUAAAGUAAAUUAUCCAAUAAUAUAAAAGCACUUACUGACAAUCAAAAAAAGACUGACUUAAUUGAAAUUUGCCAAAUUUAACAAAUGAAGAGAGAUUCUUAUUUAAAUAUUAAGCAAGUAGAAGAUAUCUAAAAUAAUAAAGAUAACUCUUUAAAUAAAAAUCAAAGUCAUUCUCUUAACAAACAAUGUAAUUCAAUAAUUUAAUAGAACACUUCUUUUUAACACAACAGAAGAGCUACUUCUAUUAUGGGAAUUUCAGAUAAUUAAAAGCUAAAAUAAAGUAGAGGAAGUUCUUAGCAAUAAAGUCCAAAAAAUAUGCAUGAUAACUCUAAUAUCAUCUCAAAUUUAAUGUAGCUAAACGCCAAGCAAAAAGAGUAAACAAUCUUGUAUGAGAAGAGAAGAUCUAAAAUACUUUAAAGAAAAUCAACAGCUCUUACAAACAAUGACUUCAUUAACUAAAAAUAACAAAAGCCUAUAUAAAUAAACUCUUAAAGCAAUUAAGAUAUUACUUUUAAUGCAAUCGAAAAGGACUAAGAAAAUAAUAACAGAUCAAUUAAAACUUAAAAAUAAAUGAAGUCAAGAAGAUAAUCUAUAAAAAUUUAAACAAAAACUUCUAUAAAAAGUAAAAAAUAAGGCAAAUCAUAAAAAAAAAAUUAUUAAAAUGAUGAGAUGGCAGUGCUAAAAAAAGCUAACUGGUGUUAAAUGUUUCAUCAAUUGAAUUAUUAAUGGAUUUAAUAUUUAAUCAAUUUACUACCUUUAAUUACUAUGGCUGUUAGGGAUUAAGACACUCUAAGAAAUUUACUUCUUUUAUAAUUUUUAAGAGGAAUAUUUAUCAUAGAUGCUUUUAUUUCAUACUAACAAGUAGAACUCACUCACUAAUAUACUGAGUAUGUAAGAAGAUACCUAAAUCUAAAUCCAUUUAAAUUUGUCACUGUAUAUUUAAUAUUGUUAAUUAUAUUAUCUUCAUAUAUAUAUUAUGUCAUAGAGGACUUUACCACGCUUUGGGAUAGCAUUUGGAACAUUAUUGUCAGUAUAACAACAAUUGGCUAUGGCGAUAUUGUUCCUUAAACUAAUGCUGGAAGAGCCUUGAUCAUUAUUGUUACAAAUAUUUCAGUCGUUUUCCUAUCUUUCAUAACUUCUUUCAUUUAGAACACGCAAGAAUUCACAAAAGAGUAGCAAUAAUCAUUUGAUAAAAUUAUCAGAGAUCUAAAAGAAAAAAAGAUAAAGAUGUAAAGUAUUUUUGUCAUCAAAUACUUUUUUCAUUAUCAUCUUCCUCCUUGUUAAGAAAUCAUACAUAAAAUAAAGAGCAAUAAAUCUUUUGUAAAAUUAGAUCUCAAAUAAAAUUAUUAAUUAGAAUACCAAUACGCAUACAUUCCUUCUUUGCCAAUUCCAAAUAUAAAUAUUGAAGAGAGUAAAGAAUAAUAAAAUAUGAUCAAUUCUGGGUAAAAAGCUGAAAAUGCAAUUAAUUAAUUGUAAGAAUUUAAAAAUAUUGAGAAAAGCAAUGAAUAAAAAAAGGAUGUUUAUUCUUGCGUAGUUUAAAUUGAGGGAAAUGUAAACAGCGGAGCUAAUCAAACCAAUAAUAAAUAAUUGAUAGAAAUACAAAUAUUACAAUAACAAUAAAAAGAAAAAAAAAAAUAUUAUAUGAGUAAAAUAAGAAAAUAUUUGGAAGAAAAAAAGAAAUAAGAUCACUCGUUUUUGAAUAAAGUAAAACAAAAAUAUAUGGAAAUUGACAGAUUAAUUAGAGCAAAGGAUAAUAAUUUUUAUUUAAUGGAAAAUAAAAUACUACCACAAACAAAAACGAACACAAAUUAGUUCACUUAAAGAGGAUCGAUUCUUGGUGAAAAUUCACCAAUGAAUAUUUAAAAAAUAAUAAGAGUAUAGAAUAUUUUAGGUAAUUAAAACUAUCACUUUUCAACAUUUGAAGACUAAAAUAAAUUGGUUAGCUAGAUAAAAACCUUUUAAGAUUAAAAUAAAUUGAUUUUAAAAACAAUAGAAGAAAUUAAAAAUCAGUAGUAUUAAUAAGAAGUAAAAUAAAAUGAAGACAGCAGUGAUAGUUAUGAGUUAUCAUCUAAUAAUACUAACUGCAAGCAUGCCAAUAAAAUUAUCAGUCAAAGUAAUUCUGUUAUUCCAGAAACACCAAAGUAAAUGCAAAUAAACAUUCCCUCUAAUUAUAAAACUAUGACUUUUCAAGCUGGGACGUAUCGCAGCAUAAAUACUUGCGAAACUCCUGUGAAUAACACCAGAAGAAUCCCUUAGCCAUUCAACUCAAAAUUAUGUAUUGAAGAUGACUCUUCUAAUAAUUUAUCAAGGCUAUAAACCUGUAAAGGUGAUGCUGACCCUAACACAAUUGAAAGUAGUUAAUAGAUAAACACCUUGAUUAUAUUUAAUUAAAGCUCCGAAAAUAUAUAAAGUAGCAAAAAUUUUAAAUCACAAAACUAAGUAUGUAAGUUCAGUAGCUGCUCAGACUUAGAUGGUACUUCUAUAGUUACAACUAAAAUCAAAUAUAAUAAAAAUUGUAUCAAAGAUCUCGAUUAAUAAUAAGUUACAAACAACACAGUAAAUGAUUAAAAGAACACAUUUAAAAAAAACAAAAAUAAAAAACAAGAAAAUGAAAAAGAAGAUGAAGAUGAGGAUGAUUUUUCUGAAAAUCAAUCUGAAUUCUCAUAAGCUAAUAAACAAAUGGUUAAUUAAUUGGUUAAAGUUAAUAAAAAUGGAUAAAAUAAAAAAAAUUCUAUUUAUUAGGAACAGUCGUUAAAAGAUAAUUGCAAAUAAGAGCCAGAUAUUUUUCAUGUAUAGAAUCUUGAUAAUAGUGACAUUUGUAGUAAUAGCCAGAUAACUUAAAAUUAAAUAAGCGCACCUCCAUCAUCUUUACCUUUAGCUAAGUUUUUGAAGAAAAAUUUACAGUAAAACAAAUUAAGUUGUGAAGAAUUUGAUAAUCAGUUUGAAUAAGAAGAUGAAGAAUAAUAAUCUAACAAGACAGAAGCUCACAGUUAAAACCAAAAGGUAGAUAGUAGCAAAGGAAAAAUGCAUUAAAACAGUAUUAUACCAGGCUUUACAGAUAAGUAUCUAAAAAGUAAUCCUAAAUUUUUAUAAGAUGUUAACUACUCAAACGACUGCAAAGUCCCUAAGAUUACCAAGAUAAGGUAAUUCAGUUUGGAUUUACCAGUCUUUUAAUAAGGUGAAAAAUUUAUCCUAUUUAAUAAUAACUAGUAAAGUUUAGCAGAAGAAUCAAAUCUAAAAUAAGAAGAGGAAAUUUGA